UGGUAAAAACGGAAUUCGGUCCUCUGCUGAAAUUUUUACACAUUUAAUUGGAUGUUAUUGUGACGUGCACGAAAAACGCUUAUGUGAUACUGCAAAGAUAAUCCUCGUCCUCAAAUACAUGAAAUAAAAUAUAGUGAAAAUCUAAAGAGGUUUUCGAGGAUAACUCAUUGUUAGAUUUCGACGCUGCACGAUGGAUUCCAUUCCCAGAACGCACGAAGAUAUUGAAGCACAAAUAAGAGAAAUACAAUCAAAGAAAAAAGAAAUUCAAAAUGCAUCAGCAGAAAAAGAUCAAGUAGGGCUAGGAAAAACUGGUUUUUAUGAUCAAGAUAUUUAUGAUGGAAGUAAUAAUAAAUAUGAAGGCUAUGUUACAUCAAUUGCAGCUAAUGAUGAAAUUGAGGAUGAAGAUUAUGAGCCAACAACUUUUAGUACUAAUAAAAGACCAGGGUAUACUGCACCGGCAGCAUUGCUCAAUGAUGUUUUGAUAAUGUUCUAUUUUGUUAUUGUUUAGAGUGAAAAAGAUUAUGAUCCGUUCGCGGACAGACGACGACCCACCAUAGCAGAUAGAGAGGAUGAAUAUAGGCAAAAAAGGCGCAGAAUGAUUAUAUCACCUGAGCGUGUUGAUCCUUUUGCAGAAGGUGGUAAGACUCCAGACAUCGGUUCUAGGACGUAUACCGAGAUUAUGCGGGAACAGUUAUUGAAAGGAGAAGAAACAGAGUUAAGAAAGAAACUAGCAGAAAAAGCCAAAGAAGGAACAUUAAAAGCAAACGGUGAACCUAAACCUGCACCUAAAAAAAGAGGUCGUUGGGAUCAAACAGAUGAUGCUCCAACACCAAAGAAACCAACUGGUACUACAGCAACUCCAACAUCUUGGGAUAAUGCGGAUGUAACACCAGCUGCGAUUAGAUGGGACGAAACACCUGGACAUGGUAAGGGCGGAGAAACUCCUGGUGCGACACCAGGCGUAAGUACAAGAAUGUGGGAUGCUACUCCAGGACAUGCAACACCUGGUGCAGCUACUCCUGGUAGAGAAACUCCAUCUCAUGAGAAAACUGUUUCAAGUCGUAGAAAUCGUUGGGAUGAAACGCCAAAAACCGAACGUGAAACACCUGGUCAUAGUAGCGGUUGGGCAGAAACUCCAAGGACAGAUCGAGUUGCGGGAGAUUUAAUUCAGGAAACUCCAACACCUUCUGCCAGCAAACGUCGAAGUCGAUGGGAUGAAACACCUUCGAAUCAAACGCCUGGAUCUAUGACGCCACAAACUCCGGCAACUCCUCUUACAACACCGCAUCAAACUUCUAUUUUAACACCUAGCGGUGUAACACCGACGGGACCCAAAGCUAUGGGACUUGCUACUCCAACACCAGGACAUUUAAUGUCAAUGACACCGGAACAACUUCAGGCAUAUCGUUGGGAACGAGAAAUUGAUGAGAGAAAUAGGCCACUUUCAGAUGAUGAAUUGGAUGCAUUGUUUCCACCUGGAUAUAAAGUUUUACAGCCGCCUGCGGGGUACAUUCCAAUUCGUACUCCCGCGAGAAAGCUUACUGCUACACCAACGCCAAUCGCGGGCACACCACAGGGGUUUUUUAUCCAAACCGAAGAUAAAACUGCAAAAUUUGUGGACAAUCAACCAAAGGGAAAUUUGCCUUUUAUGAAACCGGAGGACGCACAAUAUUUUGAUAAGUUAUUGGUUGAUGUUGAUGAGGAAACGCUUAGCCCCGAAGAGCAAAAGGAGAGGAAGAUCAUGAAGUUACUGUUAAAAAUUAAAAAUGGCACACCACCAAUGAGGAAAGCUGCCCUGCGACAAAUUACUGACAAAGCAAGAGAGUUUGGUGCGGGUCCAUUAUUUAACCAGAUACUUCCUCUCCUUAUGUCUCCUACUUUGGAAGAUCAAGAACGUCAUCUUCUUGUAAAAGUUAUCGAUCGUAUUCUUUAUAAACUCGAUGAUUUGGUCAGGCCUUAUGUACAUAAGAUUUUAGUGGUUAUUGAGCCUUUACUCAUUGACGAAGACUACUAUGCUCGUGUAGAAGGCAGAGAAAUUAUCUCUAAUUUGGCAAAAGCGGCUGGUUUAGCGACAAUGAUUUCUACAAUGAGACCAGAUAUUGACAAUAUCGAUGAAUACGUACGUAACACGACAGCUAGAGCAUUCGCUGUGGUCGCGUCAGCGUUGGGAAUUCCUUCCUUACUUCCGUUUCUUAAAGCCGUGUGUCGCAGUAAAAAAUCAUGGCAAGCCCGUCACACGGGUAUCAAAAUUGUACAACAAAUUGCUAUUCUAAUGGGAUGCGCUAUAUUACCACAUUUGAAGAGUUUAGUUGAAAUUAUAGAACACGGUCUGGUUGAUGAGCAGCAAAAAGUUCGUACUAUCACCGCGUUAGCAAUUGCUGCUUUAGCUGAAGCAGCUACACCUUAUGGUAUUGAAAGUUUUGACUCUGUUCUCAAACCACUUUGGAAGGGUAUUCGUACACACAGAGGAAAAGGUCUUGCUGCGUUUCUGAAGGCCAUUGGUUAUUUAAUUCCUCUUAUGGAUGCCGAAUACGCUAAUUAUUAUACUCGUGAAGUAAUGUUAAUCCUUAUUCGUGAGUUUCAGUCACCUGAUGAAGAAAUGAAAAAGAUCGUUUUGAAAGUAGUAAAACAAUGUUGUGGAACGGAUGGUGUUGAAGCGCAAUAUAUCAAAGACGAAAUUCUUCCACACUUCUUCAAACACUUCUGGAAUCACCGAAUGGCUUUGGAUCGUAGAAAUUAUAGACAGCUUGUUGACACAACAGUAGAAAUUGCAAACAAAGUUGGUGCGUCAGAAAUUAUAAACCGCGUGGUAGACGAUUUGAAAGAUGAAAAUGAACAAUAUAGAAAGAUGGUUAUGGAAACUAUUGAGAAAAUAAUGGGCAAUUUGGGAGCUGCAGAUGUCGAUUCUCGUUUAGAAGAACAGCUCAUAGACGGUAUUUUAUAUGCUUUCCAAGAACAGACAACGGAGGACGUUGUAAUGUUGAAUGGUUUUGGUACCAUUGUAAACACAUUAGGAAAGAGGGUAAAAGCAUAUCUUCCACAAAUAUGUGGUACAAUAUUAUGGAGAUUAAAUAACAAAUCUGCAAAAGUAAGACAACAAGCUGCCGACUUAAUAUCACGAAUUGCUGUCGUCAUGAAAACUUGCCAAGAGGAAAAAUUAAUGGGUCAUUUAGGUGUUGUGCUUUAUGAAUAUUUGGGUGAAGAAUACCCUGAGGUAUUAGGUAGCAUUUUAGGCGCACUGAAAGCUAUUGUUAAUGUCAUAGGAAUGACAAAAAUGACACCACCUAUUAAAGAUCUACUACCACGACUUACUCCCAUUUUGAAAAACAGACACGAAAAAGUACAAGAAAAUUGCAUUGAUCUCGUAGGUAGAAUCGCAGACAGAGGACCUGAAUAUGUGUCUGCCAGAGAAUGGAUGAGAAUAUGCUUCGAACUUUUGGAACUGCUCAAAGCUCAUAAAAAAGCGAUCAGAAGAGCUACAGUAAACACGUUUGGUUAUAUCGCAAAAGCAAUAGGCCCUCACGAUGUAUUAGCAACUCUCUUAAAUAAUCUAAAAGUACAAGAACGUCAAAAUCGAGUGUGUACUACAGUAGCUAUAGCUAUCGUUGCUGAAACCUGUAGUCCAUUUACGGUACUUCCUGCAUUAAUGAAUGAAUACAGAGUACCAGAAUUAAACGUACAAAAUGGUGUAUUGAAAUCUCUAUCCUUUUUAUUUGAAUAUAUUGGUGAAAUGGGGAAAGAUUACAUUUACGCUGUUAGUCCGCUAUUAGAAGACGCACUUAUGGAUAGGGAUUUAGUGCACAGGCAAACUGCAUGCGCUGCCAUUAAACACAUGGCGUUAGGUGUUUAUGGAUUUGGAUGUGAAGAUGCGCUGAUACAUUUACUGAAUCACGUGUGGCCCAAUGUUUUUGAAACUUCGCCACAUUUGGUACAGGCAUUUAUGGAUGCUGUGGAUGGUUUACGUGUUGCUCUUGGACCAAUCAAAAUAUUGCAAUAUACUUUACAGGGAUUAUUCCACCCGGCACGAAAAGUUCGAGAUGUAUAUUGGAAAAUUUAUAAUUCUCUUUACAUAGGUGGACAGGAUGCUCUUGUAGCUGGCUAUCCUCGAAUUAUGAAUGAUCCAAAGAAUCAGUAUAUUAGAUACGAAUUGGACUAUGUUUUGUAA